AUGUCAGCCAAAACCGCCCCUCGAGUCUCCCUUGGCAAGAAUGGCCCUCUCGUCUCUCGCAUGGGCUUGGGCUUGGGCUUGGAUGAAAUAUUUGCGUUCCUUGAUCAUGCUUAUGAGGCAGGUGUAACGUUUUGGGAUAGUGCUGACUACUAUAACGAUUGCGAGGAAAUCAUUGGCAAGUGGUUCAGACGUACUGGCAAACGAGGUGAUAUCUUUCUUGCAACUAAAUUUGGAUACGUCAAGAAUAGCCAGGCCUUUGAGCUCAACACUUCAUAUGUAUAUGUCAAGAAAGCAUGUGCUGAGAGUCUACGGCUCUUGGAUAUUGAGUCUAUCGAUCUCUCCUAUCUGCACACACCCAAUCCCGAGACGCCUAUCGAGGAAACCAUGCGCGCUCUGAAAGAGCUACAAGAAUCGGAUACUCUCUCUGCAUUCGGGCUCUACUGUGAGGGAGAAAAGGGCACUCACAUCCUUGACACAUGCCGGGAGCUUGAUUUAGCCAUCGUCGCAGCAAUGCCCCUCGGUCGAGGUCUUCUGACCGCCAACUUCAUCGAGGGAACAGCAUCUGGAAAGCAAGAUAGCGAUGUUCGAUAUCAGCUCAUCCCUCGGUUCAUGGGCGAGAACCGCGAGAAGAAUAUUCAGCUUGUAAGCCAGUUUAAGGGGCUGGCUGAUAAGAAGGGAAUAACUACUGCUCAACUUGCGAUUGCGUGGCUGUUAAAGCAGGGCGAUGAUAUUAUCCCGAUUCCAGGAACAAAGAGGAUUCAGUAUUUCGAGGAGAAUUGGGCUGCUCUUGAUAUAGUUCUCGGUGGUGAGGAAGAACCUGACAUCAGGAGAUUUGUGGACAAAGCUGACAUUGCCGGUGUGCCACUGCCUUCUGCUCUCGAUGGUUGGCUGUUCAGAGAUACAAAGGAGGAGUCUGUAUGA